AAAAACAAAAAAAAACAAAUAAAAACAAAAAAACAAAAAAUACAUAUGUCAGAUCCAUACACUUAAUAAUAUAAAGAAUUAGAAGUAAUUGGCAGAGGAAGUUUUGGUAAUAAAGAAAAAAAAAAACUAAAAUAUACAAAAAAUAGGAUGUGCUAUUUUAGUAUAAGAAAUAUCAACAGGAUAAAUGUAUAUAGCCAAAAAAUGCGCUUUAUAAGGUUUAAAAUAAAAAGAAUAGGAAUCUGCAAAACAAGAAGCCGAAUUACUAAAAAGCUUAAAACAUCCUAAUAUUGUCGCAUAUAAAGAUUCCUUUAUAAUAAAUAACAAUUUGAUAAUAUUGAUGGAAUAUUGUGAAGAGGGUGAUUUAGCGUAUCAUAUAAAACGAAAAUCAAAAAAACAAGAAUUAUUUGCAGAAAAAGUCAUAUUAAAUUGGUUCAUAUAAAUAGGACUAGCAUUAAUAUAUAUCCAUGAUCGAAAAAUACUCCAUAGGGAUUUAAAAACAUCCAAUAUAUUCCUUAACUCAAACGGAACAGUAAAAAUAGGAGAUUUUGGUAUUUCUAAAGUACUUGAAAACACCUAAGAUUAAGCAUCAACAGUAGUAGGAACUCCGUAAAAUCCUAUCUAAAAAAACUCUAAAAAAAUAAUUAAAAAAAAAGGUAUUAUAUGAGUCCAGAAGUAUGCGAAAGUAAGCCAUAUAGUCAAAAAUCAGAUGUAUGGGCCUUAGGGUGUAUUUUAUAUGAAUUAUGUACAUUAAAACAUGCAUUUAAUUCAAAUAAUUUAUUAGGAUUAGUAUAUAAAAUUGUAAAGGAAUAAGUUGACGAUAUUCCUUCUUUGUAUUCAAAAAAUAUUUAAAUAUUGACUAAGAUUAUGUUAAUAAAAGAUGACAACGAAAGACCUAUUAUAAGAGAAUUAUUCGCUUAGCCUUUUUUAAUAAAAAGCGUAUAAGAAUUUAUAGAAUCGGAAGGAAAAAAUGUAGAAUAGUCAGCAAUUCCAGUUCGUAAAACAAAAACUCAUAAGAAAAAAAAAGAAAGUGAUGAUGAAGAUCAAGAAUAAGAUGUUACAUAGAAAGAAAAAAAGUUAUAAUUUGAUAUAGGAGACACCAUUUAAUCUAAUAAUGAAACAAAAAUUAAUUAAGAAUUCACAAUAGGGAACACUAUUUAAUCAAAUAAUAGAAAUGUCACAUAAUAAAAGAAUUUAACAACAAAAGAAAAACUAAUGCUAAAAAAAUAAAUGGAAAGCGAUUUAAAGGCAUAAUAAUUAAAAAUGGCAGUAAGAGAAAAUGCUAAUUAAAUAAAUUUAGCAAAAUAAAGGAAAUAAUAAGAAUUAAAUCAUCAUAUAACAAAUAAUAAUAAUCGUAGUGUUUAAUAAACUAAUUUAUAUAUUACUUAAAUAAAUAAAUAAGAUUAAAAUUAUUAGUUGUAAAAACACCAAUAGAGUUAGUUGUAUCAAACUACUACUGGAAAUUUCUAUAGUAAUAACAAUAAUGUAAACAGUAAUAAUUUUUAUUAAACAGGAAUAAAUUAUAACAAAUAAUAAUAAAAUAAUAUUAAUAAUAAUAAUAAUAAUAAUAAUAAUAAUAAUAAUAAUAAUAAUAAUAAUAAUUACGAUAGUUAAUAAAAUUAUUAUUAAAUGAUUUCCGAAUAAAAAUAAAAAUAAUAAUAAGAAUAAUAAUUAAAAUCAUAAAAAAUACCAUAAUAAUAAUAAUAUUAUAAAAAUCCUUAUGAUGAAAGACCACUAAAUGUAAAUAAUACAAUUAACAAUAAAAAUUAUGAGAGCGAAAUGGAUGAAUAUAAUGAUGAUUAUGAAGAAUAUAUUAGUGAUGAAGAUAUAGACAAUAAAACAAAAACAUUUUCUUUGACAAAAACUGCACAUAGAUUAACUUAAAAAGCUUCAGAUGCAGAUUUAAUAGAUGUUAUUUCCUAAUAUAAAAAUAUACUUAAUAAUAAUGUAAUACCAUAAAAAGAAUAACACAAGGAUAAUAAUCUAGAUAUAAUUGCUGAAUAAUCAGGAGAAUAUGUGCCUAUGACUCCAUUAUCAAAAAAUAAUGUUGAUACGAAAAUAGAAAGUUUAAAAAAAAAAGUUAUAGAUGCUAUGGGAUAAGACAUGUAUGAAAAAGCUUAUAAAUAUUUAAAGUAAAAUAGAGAAAUAGGGACUAAUGAUUCUGAAAUAUAAGUCCAAUUAAUAAAUAUUUUGGGAAAAAAGAACUAUAAUAAAUGCUUUGAAAUCGAUUAAAUUAUUUUUAUGGAGACCUAAAAAAAAUGA